ACUCCUCGGCGUCGCUCUUCCCGGAGUCCGGGCGGCGAGGGCCCCGCAGUGCCAGCCCCUGCACGGCCCAGGUCCCACUCCCGCUGCUCACUCCCGACCCGAACUGCCCAAACAAACAAACCAGAAGGAGGGAAGGGGGUGUUACUGUGCAGUUCGGGGAGGGUACCGUGCGGGCCUUGGUCCCCACCGCACACUGCCGAAGAAGGCUGGGGUUUGCGCUGCAUCCAGUUCUUCCGAAAGCUGGGGCAGAUCCGAAGCUGGGUGCGUAGGACCCACAGCAUUUUCAGUGCUGUAAAUACUGUUAGAAUGUUUGCUUUGCAAAGUGAAAAUUAAUGACCAUGGCUCACUAUUCCAAAGAAGAGCUGGAUGAAGAAUUUGAACAAUUUAUGAAAGAACUUUCAGAUGAUUCUUUUGACAAUACAAAUACAACACCUAAGCAACCAAGAAAAGAGAUGAAGAAGAAAGAUAUAAUGCCUUGGUGGAUAACUGAAGAUGAUUUAGAAGAUGAUGUACUGUUUGGAGCAAAUGUGAGCUACUUGAAAACGAAGACGACUUCUCAGCCUAUCGUGGAAGCAGAAGAGGAUUCUGCUGAAAAAAUCCAGCUUCUUAAGAGUAGUGGCACUUCUAUCCUAAGUGCUGACAGCUUAGAAGCAAAUGAACUGAUAGUUUCUGAACUCAAUCAUAGUGCUCUUGGACUGGGAUUGGACACAUUAGAAGAACAGGAAGAGAAAGAGCAGUUUUUUGCCAGGCUUGAGAAAGGCUUGACAUCGUCUAUUGAUUAUUCAAGAUUAAAUAAGGAAUUGGAUUCUGAUGACUCCACACAAUUUAAAGCUUUACAUAGUGUUCGAAGUAAUGUGGAACUGAUUGAAGAUGAUCUUGAGAGUGAAUCUAAGCGUGAAGAGCUGCCAGAGAAUUACAGUGAUGACUUUGAGGAUGCAGAGGAUGGUGACGCACCUUUGAUUUCUAAAGAUAAAGAGGCGAAAUCCAAAGAAGACCACGACUCCGAAGAAGCAGACGCCCCCAGGCAGGAAAAAGAGAAAACUGGCAUGCUGGCUAAUGUUGUGCUGCUCGACUCGCUGGACUCUGAAGAGGAGGCCGGCUGCGCUGAGCAUGGUAGAGCCUCAGCCAGAGCCAGGGCUCCCCCGGCGUUGACUGACAGGGACACGGCAGGAACAGGUAUUUCCUGUGGACAGAGCAGUGGUGACACUGAAGCCCUCCAUCAGGCUUAUUGUGACAUAGCUCACUCUCUGGGAGAUACAGGUGAACAAAAAACUGAGACCGACAAGGUAGAAAACAUCAAAAGCUCAGUGAAAGAUUGUCCUCAAGAAAAUGAAGAGUCUUCAAAACACAUCUCUACUACUGAAUCCGAUCUGCCCACUGUAGAGGAGCUGAUGAACCCUAUCAGGAUAGAGUCCCUUGGGGUCAGUGGUUCUGACUUACUGCCUGUCAGUUCUGAGAAAGUGGCUGACAGUAAAACAACUGAAUAUGUGAAUUCUGUGUCUCAAGACCCAAGACAUGUGGACCAACUUUCCGACAAAAAUGAUGAGAAUGUGGCUCUACCGAAGACACCAAAUGAGAGCAUGGGAAGUGGCCGUCCGGUGGAAGCUGCUACCGAGGAACAUAUUGAAAAAAUGUACCUUGACAUUUUAAGGAAAAAAUUACCCAUUAACCCUUCAUUAUUACCUCAGGAUGACGGAGCUAGUAAAGAGUUCAGAUCUCACCUCACUUCUGGAGAAGAAGCGGCUGUGCUUGGUAAGCUGGUACCAUAUAAGAAGGCCAGAAGUGCACCUCCUUUGCUUAAGAGAAAACCCCAGAGUGGCCUCUAUGCAUCAGUUAGGAGCUCAGGGUAUGGCAAACCCAGCUCACCACUCAAGUUGUUUGAUGUACUUGAAAAAAAAACUUCAAAGGACAUUGCAAAUAGCAAAAACUUGAGAUCCAUUCCGACCUCAAAUUCAGCCAGAAAGAAAGAAAUAUUAUCUGGAACAAAACUCCUCAAGCCUGCAGCUUCAAAUAAAUCAGCUCCCAAAAGUAAGAGUUGUCUGACUGCUCCUAAGAAGGCUGGUGCUCCUACAGUGGAUUCCUUUGUUCCGUUUCACAUGGAGUCUGCAGGAUUCUGUGAUGGGAACAAGGAGAAAGAAUUAUUUAUGUUUAAAAGAGUUCAGGAAGCAGAGGAAAAAUGGAGGGGCGCACAAGCUGUAAUUGAGCAAAUUAAAGUCACAUUCUCAGAAAAAGAGAAGGAGCUAGAAAAUGAGUUGGAAAAACUAAAGAAACAACAGGAAAAAGAAAUCUUGAAAUUGAAUCAAGAAAAUUAUAUUCUUCAGGCCAAGUUAAGUGGCUUUGAAGAAACAAGCAGAAAGCAAAGGUGGUUACAUUUUGGAGAACCCACUGAUCCCAUCACCGGGGAAAAACUGAAGCAAAUCCAGAAAGAGAUCCAAGAACAAGAGGCGCUUCUUCAGGGCUAUCAGCAGGAAAAUGAAAAAUUAUAUAAUCAAGUAAAAGGUCUCCAAGAACAAAACAAAAAAAAUGAAGAGCGAAUGUUUAAGGAAAACCAGAAUUUAUUCAGUGAGUUAGCUUCUUUAAAAGAACAGAUGCACAAAAAUCGAUUCCUGACUCAAGUGGUUGAAGAUUCUGAGCCCACCAAAACUCAGAAUUUUACAGACUUACUAGCAGAGUUACGGGCGGCACAGAAAGAAAAAGGCAGUUUGUUGGAAGAAAUCAGAAGACUGAAACAGGACAAACAAGCUCUGGAAGUGGACUUGGAAAAGAUGAAGAAGGAGAGAGACCAAGCCAAGGAUCAGGUUGCCUAUGCCACAGGAGAAAAAUUAUAUGAAAUUAAAAUUUUAGAAGAGACCCAUAAACAAGAACUCAUUCGACUACAGAAAAGAUUGCAGUGGUAUGCUGAAAAUCAGGAACUUCUGGAUAAAGAUGCAGUUCGGCUUAAAGAAGCAAAUGAAGAAAUUGAGAAGCUGGCACUGGAGAUUGAGAAAUUGAAAGCUGAUUCAGGAAGUCCAUCUACUCAACAGAAGUUACGCUCAAAGGAAAGAGCAGCAGAUGCCAAAAGAAUUCAGGAUCUGGAGAGACAGGUUAAGGAGAUGGAAGGAAUUUUGAAGAGAAGAUACCCCAACUCCUUACCUGCUCUAAUAUUAGCUGCCUCGGCUGCUGGUGAUGCAGUAGACAGAAACACAGUGGAGUUUAUGGAAAAAAGGAUUCAGAAGCUAGAAGCCGAUCUGGAGGGCAAAGAUGAAGAAGCCAAGAAAAGCCUUCGUGCCAUGGAGCAACAGUUUCAGAAAAUGAAGAUUCAGUAUGAACAGAGACUAGAGGAGCAGGAGCAGCUGCUUGCCCACAAACUGAAGGAAGCUCCCCAGAACCAACGGGACAGCUCUGCCAGGCUUAAAGAACUUGAGUCAGAACUUGCGGAUGUUAAGGAAGCCCAUCAGGUCACUGUGAGAAAGCUUGAAGCUGAAAUAGAUGUUCUUAAACAUGAGAAUGCCAAGUUAGAACACAAGAGAAAUGGCAGAGAUGACAAUGAAUUUCAGUCUAUAGAGCUCCAGGUAGAACAGGCCCAUGCGAAAGCUAAGCUGGCAAGGCUCAACGAAGAGCUGGCUGCAAAAGGAAGGGAAAUACAAGACCUUUCAAAAACCGUGGAGAAGCUUCAGAAGGAGAGGAGAAUGAUGCUGUCCAGUCAGACCUCCAAGAGCAGAGAGGAGGCGUCUGCCAGGCGGGUGAAGAAAGAUGCUGCUCACCCAAGUCCAGGAAAUGCCAGCUCCAUCCCUGGAACCUCGGGUGCCAAGCUGUACCACCCACAUUCCUUUACUGACUCCCAUAUUUCAGAGGUGCUGCAGGAAAACUACAGACUGAAAAGUGAGCUGGAGGGACUUGUGCUAGAGAGAAACAAGCUGAAGGCGGAAUCAGAAGCAGCCAGAUCCCAAUUUGAAAACUCCAUGAAAAGGGUCAAGGAGGACACUGCAGCACACAUUACAUCCCUCAAAGCAUCUCAUCAGAGGGAAAUAGAGAAACUGCUUUGCCAAAAUGCAGUCGAAAAUUCUUCUUCCAAAGUAGCUGAACUGAAUCGUAAACUGGCAACUCAGGAGGUACUUAUAAAACAUUUUCAAAGUCAAGUUAAUGAGCUACAGGGUAAACAAGAGUCUCUUGCAGUUUCUCAAGUUCGAGAAGAAAUCCUACAGAAAGAGAUUACAAAACUUUUAGAAGAAUUGAAAGAAGCCAAAGAAAACCACACACCAGAGAUGAGACAUUUCAUGGGCUUAGAAAGAAAAAUUAAGCAGAUGGAAAUGAGGCAUAAGCAGAGAGAAGAGGAGCUUCAACAGAUAAUCCAGCAAACACGCCAAGUAGUAGAAACCGAGCAGAACAAAGAAGUUGAGAAGUGGAAAAGACUGGCGCAGUUAAAGAAUCGGGAACUGGACAAGUUCCGCACAGAGCUGGACUCCAUCUUAGAUGUGCUUCGGGAGUUGCACCGGCAGGGGGUGGUCAUUCCCAUGGCUUUUGCAGAUGAAAUAAAUGGACCAGAAUUGGACUAGAAA